AUGAACAACUCUACACUGAAUUUCAUCUCACUUGAAUCAUCUACAAACUCCACAACUGACUCCAUCGGGCUGAAAAGUCUAGAUAUUUGCUUGUACAGCAUAAAUAUGCUGUUUGGUCUUCCGGCACACUUCUAUAUUAUAUGGCUCAUCUUCACAGGAACUAAAAAUGGAGUUGCAUCAGAGUUCUUCAUCCUCAACAUGUCUGUCUGUGAGCUUGGCUGCUCCCUGAAUAGUUUGUUCUGUAUACUAAUUAUAUUUAUUCAGUUUUCACACCUCACGACAUUGACAAACUUUUUGAGAGGACUAGUCAUUACUGGUUCUCCUUUGUUUCAUUGUUUGAUCUGUGUAGAGCGUUACCUGGCGGUGGUUCAUCCUGUAACCUUUCUGAAGUUCAAACCUCUCAGAUAUAGAGUCAUCUGCUGCACUGUGGCCUGGAUAAUAACUCUUGGCUCCUGUUUGUGCUGCAUAUUUACGGUAGACCAUAGAUAUAUUUAUGUAUGGUUCUUCUCGCUGCAGUACCUGCUCUUCUUCUUCAUCCAGUUGUUUUGUCUCGUGGCUGUUCUCAGAGCUCUGAAGCAGUCGGGUCCAGGAGAGAGAGGGAGAGAGAAAGAAGUUGAAAACCACAUGAAAAAAAGAGCGUUUCGCAUUAUUUUAAUAACUAUUGUGACCAUGGUUGUUAUUUAUGUACCAUUUACAAUCGUAGGAUUCUCUGUUAUUGUAACACAACAUAACAUUAUGGCACUUUUUUAUUUUGCCCUUGCUUGUAACAUGCUGGGUUGUUUUGUUCAGCCUGUUCAUUAUCUGAACCACGCUGGGAAAUGUUGGUUUAUUUCUUAG